AUGAGUGGCCAAAGUUACAGAGGCAGGUACCAAGACAGUCGAGGAGAAAGAGGUGGAUACGACUCACAUUACUCUUCAAGAGGUAGAGGCGGCUAUUGGAGAGGAUCUGAUAGACAGAGGGGUGGAGGUUACCGUGGACGAUAUGAUGACGAUCGUGGUGAUCGCGGAGAUCGUGGUUACGAUGAUUAUCAGGAUGAUUACCGCCAGGGCAAUCCAGCCCCGCGUGGUCCAUCGUAUCGAAACGGGGGCUACAGAUCAGGUCCAGGAUACCAAAGUGAAAAUCGCGAUGCUCGUGACAAUCGUGACAGUUACAACUCUUCCUGGAGAAACGAACAGCACUCAAACUACAGGAGCCCAAGGUCAUAUCGCGAGGAAAGCAGUAACCACCAUAGAGCUAGCGAUAGCAGAGCAUCUCCACAUUCCUUCAAUGGAGGUCCAGGUUCUGUUCUUGAAAAAGCAGAGCCAAAGGAGGAGCCUAAGGUUGAGUUCCAUCACUGGGUAGUAAGAUUAGACGUUCUGCCUGAUGAUGCCAAAAAGAAGCUCAACGACGCGCUGACGGAGUGUGAUUUGAAAACCGAGCAGCUUUUGAAGCUGCUAAAGAAGAAGGACGAGAUUGAGCAGAAACUAGAGGCGAGCAAAAGGCAGUGUCAUGUUGAGGGUCUCAGGGCUCAACUCACGCAGGAGAAGCUUGAGGCGUUGAAUUAUCUUUGA